CACUGGCACUGCCGUUCCCCUCGCUCCGACGUCCUCCUUCCGUUUCCAGUCUCUCCUACUACCAUCGGAUUACUCUCCCUCCCUACCAUCUUCCACCCCGCCCCUCUUUUCUCUCUUCCGUCUUCUCCUCCUUCUUACUUUGCUCCCUUCCGUCUUCUUGUCGCGCCGUUUCUUUUCCCACUCUCUUCCUUCUUGCUCUUCUCUACUGUCUACUCCCACCCUUGGUAUAGGUGUAUAUGUAAUACCUUGUUCGCACUAUUAUUCGACUUUUUCUUACCUGUCUUUGCUUCUUUUUCGUCUUUCAUUAUCGUGUUCUUGAUUAUAAGUAGGUAAUGCUUUGACCAUAAGUCAUAACGCGAUCGCUAGUAACGAUUGUCUCCGCGUUACACUCGUUACGACAGAUGCUUGGCACCUUCCGUACGCGUCAGCCUGUGACACCUGACACCGUUCCGACUCGGUCGCGAUACCUUCAUUAUUUUUUUUUCGAGCUCGUGAUAAUACCUGCUCCCCUUUCUCGAUUUCUCAAUGUACGUCUUCGCUCGUGUUAGGGGUUGCCCAUCUCCUCUCUCCCUCUCCAAGUGCUAAAUUUAUGCGGCCGUUCGGUUCACGAUUCUGCCAUUAGAAAAUCUUUAUGAAAGUCCUGCCAUUAGAAAAUCUUUUUCUUUAUUUCUGCAAGAAAAUCUUGGAGCAUGGCAAUCGUGAUCGAUCGCGAGUAAGAUAAAAGCGCUACUUGGAUAGCAAAGAGAAUGGUUAGAAUGUGGGGAGAGAAGGUAUACAUAUGCGCGCGAACGAGCGAGCGAGCGAGCGUGUGUGAGUACAUGUAAAGAUGGAUAGAGGAGUGGCAAAAGGGGAAGUGCACGAAGGGUGAGCUUGGCUGAAGGCGGCGCGGUAAGAAAGCGGUUCGUCGUUGACGACGACGAGGAGCGCGGGAGGAAAGGCGGCGGAGAAAGGAAGUGGGACGAGAGGAGGGGGAGCCCUUUCAACGCUAUUGCGUCGAGCUCACCGGAAGAGCCCCGAACCCGGAAGUAAGAGAGAGGAAGCAGUAUAUACUGUGGCUUGGAAAGAGAAAUGGAAAUUUCUGUAGGACCCAGAAGGGAAGGGCUCGAUCGAUCUUCGUGAGGAUUGUGACAACGCACCGCCGACUUUGAAACGACCUUCGUACAAAGUCAAAAGAUUCGAUUCUUUCUAUGGUUACCCAUUUAAUUCUACGGUUUCACCGCUUGGAUAGUGGAUCCCGUCGAGUUCCGAUCUCGGAACGGAGGAUGUCUAGACCAACCGUUAAGGAAUGCGAAAAGACACGAGAUAACGAAGCGAUAUCGCUACGAACGGCUAUAGAUAGAUGUACCAAAGACGUGGCGCGCGUUAUGUCUUUUUUCACUCGAUAUAUUUCCGUUUGCUCGUUGCUCCCAACGAGCAAAUCCGAUCAUUUCUCCUCGUUGCGUCGAGGCUCUACUUCGCGCGAGGAUAUAGAUAUUAUUAUAAUUACGAGACAUAACCAAGCGUAUGCGUGACGACGCCGCGGUACUCGACUUAGGAACGGCGCUGAACACGUCAGACGAGACGUGUCUCCGACAGUUAAGGCGUGGAAAACAGUAGUCAGAAAUCUGAGGCGUGUUAUGAAAUUGUUGCCAGCGAUUCAAUUGCCACAAUUACCGCCGGUUUCCGCUGCGAGCGGAUUAACCGGGAUGGAUUCUCGACUACCACCGGGUAUAUCGUUACCCUUUAGUCCUACGGAUUUGCUUUGGCGAUACGGACCCAGUAUGAAUUUUCCGCCAACGACGCAUCCACCACCGAGUCCGUUGCUCGAUUUUAAGACGCACUUGCCUGCGAGUUUAGCUUCCGAUCCACGACUCUGGUCAAGAGAGGACGUCGCCGCGUUCUUACGGUGGGCCGAAAGGGAAUUUGAUUUGCCGCAAUUCGACAUGGAUAUGUUCCAGAUGAACGGAAAGGCGCUUUGCCUCCUAACGAAAGCCGAUCUUGGCGAAAGGUGCCCUGGGGCGGGUGACGUCUUGCACAAUGUCUUGGCGAUGCUUGCGCGCGAUUUCAAUCAGUUACAGAGGUGCCUUCCCAGUAGUCCUGUAACACCUACCAGACCAUCGGCUUAUCCACUCAGUCCUCAUUCGCACCCGCCAACGCCUACGUGGACUGAAAAUCCGUACGCCGCAAAUCUGGCCUCGCUGAUGUCCGCCAAUUCCGUUACAUUGUCUCCGGCACCGUCCGUCGAUAGCCAGGCUGGUUCACCUGGACACGCGGAUGGCAACCAAACGCAGAUUUAUAAGAGCGAUUCGGACGAGGACAAUCAUCAAGUAGGGGGAAGUAACAGUCCUCCGGCGACGCCUACGGCACUCGCCGCGCAAAGACUCAGCGAGGUUUGCGUUAAGGAUCAACCAAGUCCGACGUUACCUUCCCAAAUGAUGCCUCUUACUUCGGGCGCAUAUAGGCCGGCCGCCGCGAAUACCGCGAGAGAAUUCUUUCCUAGCGAUUCGUCCGAACCUAAUACCAAUGGGAGGCUUCUAUGGGAUUUUCUUCAACAGUUACUCAACGAUCCAUCUCAACGAUAUACACAUUAUAUAGCGUGGAAGAGUCGAGAGACUGGAGUUUUUAAGAUUGUUGAUCCUCCUGGUUUAGCACGGCUAUGGGGGAUACAGAAAAAUCAUUUGUCUAUGAAUUAUGACAAGAUGAGCAGAGCUUUACGUUAUUACUAUCGCGUAAACAUACUUAGGAAAGUCCAGGGAGAGCGGCAUUGUUAUCAGUUUCUCCGAAAUCCAACUGAACUGAAGAACAUAAAAAAUAUAUCUUUGCUGCGACAACAAAUGCGAAUAAAAUCGGAACCCGAGGAGGAGGGAAGCAUGACCGGAAGCAGUCUGGACACGGAAGCGGACAUGCCGACGGAUCUCUCGAUGUCCACUAUGAAUCAACCGUCGAGCGAGCAGCCUCUACCGCUACACGAUCCACCUACCAAGUACAGAAGUCACGCGUAUAAUCUCGUUAAGGCCAGUCAGGAACCGGAAGAGAGGAAGUGACGAGGGUCCUAGCGUUGAUAUCGCGCGACAGCGCACGAUUACAUACGAUAGUACGCUAUCAUUGAACGUUGGCGCUAAUGCGAAUAUGUUGCGGGCUCUCGUUUUAAAACUGUAUGCCUCCGAACGGUACGCGAAAAGACAACGAAAGGCCGUCCAGUAUGUAUACCGACGUCGUUGGAUACGAUCGAGGACGCAUUUCAGAGGAUAGCUGUGAUGCAAGUCUUUAGAAGAAGUGGAUAUCGCUAUUUGGUUACCAAUUCUAGAAUCGAUUAAAAUCGACUAGAAUCGCCUAGAAUCGACUAAAGAAAAUAAAAUAUCGAGAAGAUCGUAGCAAGAUAUUUCUAUCGAUGGCAAGUGCGAUAUGCCAAAGGAUGCCUCUCGAACUUCGUCCAUACAUCGGUCAAAAAUCUAUUGCUGAUUAUAAUAGUACAAGAUUCCUCCUCCCUUUUAUGUAAGGACUUUUGAGAGAACAAUCCUAACAGAAAGCCAAGAUUUAAUGAAAGCCUUUAUAAUCGGGCCAUAAUGGUGGGCAAGGUUUCGGCCGCCUGUGAUUAUGAACCAUUUUUCUUGAGGACUAUGGGACUCAUAAGAAUGAGUAAAUAUCGUGGGAUUUAUCAUCGUCCGUUAUGAAUUGAUGCCUCUUACUCAAGUGCAAUCAGAUGAUAGCUAUCGAUUACCGAGCAACACAAUUAUUAAAGGACGUUAAACUUCUUUAGAUGGAUUUCAAUAAGCGUGCAAAAUAUUUUAACAAAAAUUACGUGUAAUACGUAGGAUAUCGUAGCAUGUCGUGGUUUUUUAAGGAGAUAUUUACGAAAUAUAAUAUUUUAUUAAAUUCGAAUAUUAUAAUAAUGCAUAAUAUUCAAUAAGACAACGUAAGCUGAAAAAUGGGAAAAAUGGUCGAAGGUAUACUUGCCAGGAGAUCUUUGUGCGAUCUUUGUUAAAGUUACUUCCUUGCGGAAUCAAGAUAUCACCACCUCCAUGCUAUUCUCCCAACAUAUCGACUCUAGUAAAAAGCGAAAGAUCUGGAUUGCCUAUUAUUGUACGCUUUGUAAUACAUGAUGAUUCGUUAUAACCGUCGUGGAAAAAUACUUUGGUUUAAGCGGUGAAUCGUCGUGUCGAAUCGGUGGACGCUUCAGUGAAGCUUAAAGGUUUGCGGAUAUUCCGCUAAUGUUUCUCCAUAUCUUCUUUCAUGAAACCCUCUUUUUAAUGCGAAACGUUUUAGUUUUACUUUUUCCUUAAAUCUAGAGUAAAUAUACAUAUAUACGUAUGUGUACCUUAUGUACGUAUGCCUAAAUAUAUGUAUAUAUACAUAUAUACA